CGUCCCCCUAGGGGCUGGAGACGCGCGUCCCUGCCGAGCGCCGCGGCCCUUAGCCGAGGGGCACAGGUGAGAGCGCUCGGCAGAUACGGACUUCAGCUUCCCGCGCGGCCCACCGAGGUGGGCCUGGCAGCACGUCCCCACCACUCCGGGGUCCGCCGGGGCCAGAGCUUCCCUGGCCGGAGAAUUCCGGAGUGGGAAGGGCUAGGCUCGAGGCACCCACUCUACCUCACGUCCUGGUUUGCCCUGCUGAGGGAAGGUGGGAUCUACUGGCCAGACCCUGACAGCCUUCCCCAGCACCUGAGGCUUCAGCCCCACCACGACUCGCCUUUGCCUACAGCAUGCAGUCCCAGGAGAGUGGUGUCCACUACAGCAGGUGGGAUGACAGCAGCCGGGAGGAAGUCAGCAUGACCGCCAUGUCCAGCGCAGAGGAGGCCUCCUGUUACAGGAGGCUCUCCCAGAAGCUGUGCUCUGGCAAGCUGGGGAUGGCCAUGAAGGUGCUGGUUGGAGUGGCCCUCUUCUGGAUCAUCUUCAUCUCGGGCUACGUCACUGGCUACUAUGUGCACAAGUGCAAAUAAACGCUGCCUCACUCCCAGCCCUGGGGAUUCCCUCCCAUGUACACAGACCUUUUGUACGGACACUCCUCCAUGUACAUACCCCAGGCCACGUGGAGAUGCCAGUGUGCCAGUGUGCACUGUCAGUACGGCUCCAGCACACAGGGUGGACCGGCUGGGCUGCCAGCGGAGGCACACGUGCUGGAGACUAGGCUCAGCUCCAGCUAUGGGGCUCUGUGCUCAGAAGCCUUUGGGCAAUGCUAGGUGCUAUCUUCACCAGCCUAGGGCACAGGUCAGUCCCUAGAUGAGGCUGGGAUAAAGACUGGUUUGUGUAGAGGGGCACCUGACAGCCCUCAGGGGUGGGGCUCCUCCCUGUGGGCAAGGCUCCUGGUUCUCUAGGCCUUCCAGAUUCCUGGUUGUGCAGCGAGGGCCCUGAAUAAGGACUGUGUUUCACACCUACGUUUUCUAGGGGAGAGAGACAGGGCCUCUGACAAGACCUCUCUGUACCCUGCAGAGAAGCUGGAAGCUGGGUGUCCUGCCGGCUGCUUCCUCACAAGUCCCUGCUCC